AUGAAGAGGGAGCAGGAAUUGGGAGACAAUGGGUGGAGGGGAGGUUUUGUCAAGACUCAAAUCGAGAUACGCUUCCAUGUCUCCAAUACGCAAUUCGGUGCUCCCAUCAAUCCACUUCCACUUUCACUUCCACACAAACCUCGUCCCGCCUCCUGCCAACACACCAUCCAGGGCCAGGCUCAACUUUUUUUUUUUGGCCCAACUGGCACCAAGGCCGCGCUAGACUGUCACAGUGCAAUCACACUCAGGGUUUUCACCGCCCUUUUUGUGAAUGGCCAGCAGCAGAAUCGAGAUAGGAUAGGUCUGGUCUGGUCCGUCCUGGCAUGGACUUUUCUUGAACAAGGAGCGGAUCAUUCUGCCAGGGGGGGUGGAGCUUUUGCUGGGGACUUUGGGCGGGAUUUGAUGCGAAACGCCACCCAAAGGCCAUCCAAAAACCACACAAAGACCAGUUCAAGACCCUCGAAAAGCUCUCAGCAAGCCUCAGAGGCCACCGCCAUCAUCGAUUUUGAUGGCAUCCACGUCCCCUCUGUUCUCAUUUUAAUCUGCCCCCACACCACCUAUUUACGUGGACAUGGUUGA